AACAAUAAGAGCAAUUAAAAACAUUCAUUAUGAUCACUUUUUAAAAAAAGAAACUGGGGGGAAAAAAAGAAGAGAAAGGGAAUUCCGUUCCGCGCACGCGCAUUGCCUGCGUGAGGGCGCGCGGUCGACCUCGCGCCGGAAGUGAGGGUUCCUUCUCGUUCUCGGGCUAAGCGGGUGGUGCAGGGGGAAAACGAGUCACACGCCAGGGGCGGGGCCGAGCUUUGAAAGAAGAGGAGGGGUCAGUUAAUUGGCGACGUCACGUGAUUCGGAAUGGAGGUGGCGGCGACGGCGGCAGCAGCUGAGGCGAACAUCUUCCUCAGGAGUCGGCGGGGGCGGCGCUGCUGUUGCGGCGGCCGAGGCUACUAGUCCAGGCGAAACGGCGGCCGCGACGACGGCGGCAGCCGCCUGAGGCGAGCGACUGUUGCCGGGGACGGACGGCGGCGGCGGCGGCGGUGGCGGCGGUCUCGGCCAUGGACUGAGGAGACGCGAUGGGCAACAAGGAGUCGCGCAUCGGCUUCCUCACCUACGACGAGGCCCUGCGGAGGGUGACGGAUGUAGAGCUAAAACGGCUGAAAGAUGCCUUCAAGCGGACCUGCGGACUCUCGUGUUACAUGAGCCAACAGUGCUUCAUUCGGGAAGUUCUCGGAGAUGGAGUUCCUCCAAAAGUUGCAGAGGUCAUAUACUGUUCUUUUGGUGGCACGUCGAAAGGACUACAUUUCAAUAACCUGAUAGUGGGCUUAGUCCUCCUGACGAGGGGCCGAGAUGAAGAGAAAGCCAAGUAUAUUUUCAGCCUGUUUUCCAAUGAAUCUGGGAGCCAUGUCGCCCGUGAAGAGAUGGAGAGGAUGCUUCUCAUAAUUGAUGGGAAAGUCCCUGAAUGUCUAAAAAAAUGCUUCUCGGAGGGAGAAAAAGUCAACUAUGAAAAAUUCAGAUCCUGGCUGUUGCACAAUAAAGAAGCCUUCACAUUUUCCCGCUGGCUGCUCUCCGGAGGAGUGUAUGUCACACUGACAGAUGACAGUGACACCCCCACCUUCUAUCAAACUCUUGCUGGAGUCACUCACUUGGAAGAAUCGGAUAUCAUCGACCUUGAGAAACGCUAUUGGCUCCUGAAAGCUCAAUCAAGAACAGGCCGUUUUGAUCUGGAAACAUUUAGCCUCUUGGUUUCCCCUCCCAUUCAUCCAUCCCUGAGCGAAGGCCUGUUUAACGCCUUUGAUGAAAACCGCGACAAUCACAUAGACUUCAAGGAAAUCUCAUGUGGACUCUCGGCUUGCUGCAGGGGACCGCUGGCAGAACGGCAGAAGUUUUGCUUCAAGGUUUUUGACGUUGAUCGAGACGGGGUUUUGUCUAAGGUUGAACUCGAAGAAAUGGUCGUGGCCCUUUUGGAAGUCUGGAAAGAUAACCGUAUUGAUAACAUUCCAGAGCUGCACAUGAAUUUGCCUGACAUUGUAGAAGGUAUUCUAAAGUCACACGAUAAUACCAAGCUUGGUCAUCUCACCCUUGAGGAUUAUCAGAUCUGGAGUGUGAAGAGCGCUCUUGCCAACGAAUUCCUGAAUCUGCUUUUUCAGGUGUGCCAUAUAGUCUUAGGUUUAAGACCUGCCACUCCAGGAGAUGAAGGACAAAUCAUUAGAGGCUGGCUAGAACGUGAAAGUCGGCACGGCCUUCAACAAGGUCACAACUGGUUUCUCAUCGCAAUGCAGUGGUGGCAGCAAUGGAAAGAAUACGUCAAAUACGAUGCUCCCCCUGUUCUGAUAGAGCCUUUGUCUGUCUCAAAUGGAGGUAAGACUUCUCUCCUGAGUCCUGGUACACCUACAUCAGAGCAGGGAGACGACCAAACGGCUGCUUCGAAUAACAUCAGUGCCACAGAAGAAAAGUUUUCAGAUAAUAUUUCCAGCGCAUCAGAAGCAUCGGAGACAACUAACAGCAAUAUCCUUUCGGCCACCACUCCCAUUGCCGAGACAUGUUUCGCUCGCCAACUUAAUUCUUCGGACAACAACAAUCAGUGCCUCCUCGCAUCUAAUGGGAAUAUCUUACUCCAGUUGCUGAAUCCACAGCGGCCUGGAGCGAUUGAUAAUCAGCCACUUGUAACGCAAGAGCCCGUGAAGGCUCCAUCAUUGACUCUGGAAGGCGGGCGAUUAAAACCAUCACCCCAAUUAAUCCAAGGGAAAAAUUAUGAAAUUGUCCCAGAACCGGUGUGGAGAGCUCUCUAUCAUUGGUAUGGAGCGAACCUGUCUUUGCCACGACCGGUGAUCAGAAACAGCGCGAGGGGCCUGGCUGAGCUGGAGCUUUUCCCCCGCUACCUGCUCUUCUUAAGACAGCAGCCGGCCACCCGGACGCAGCAGUCCAACGUCUGGGUGAACAUGGGUAUGAUGAGCCUGAGGCUGUUUCCCCACCAUUGGCCGAGAGGUAACGUAAGACUACAGCAAGAACCCAGCUGCGCACUAGUUCUCGAAGGGAGGCCGGCCCCACCGCCCAGACUUGGACGCCUGUGCUGCCACAGUGCUUGGAACGUCCCUUCUCCCAGCGCGCCUUUGAAGAGGGUCUUGGCCUACACCGGCUGCUUUAGCCGCACUCAGACCGUCAAGGAGAUCCACGAAUACCUGUCACAGCGGCUGAGGAUGAAAGAGGAGGAUAUGCGCCUGUGGCUGUACAACAGCGAGAACUACCUUACUCUUCUUGAUGAUGAGGAUCACACGUUGGAAUACCUGAAUAUUCAAGAUGAACAGCAUUUAAUUAUAGAAGUUCGCAAUAAAGACAUGAGCUGGCCCGAAGAGAUGUCGUUUAUAGCAAACAGCAGUAAAAUUGAUAGGCAUAAAGUUCCCACCGAAAAAGGGGCCACAGGCUUAAGCAACUUGGGCAACACCUGCUUCAUGAAUUCGAGCAUCCAGUGCGUCAGUAACACUCAACCUCUCACCCAGUAUUUCAUCUCCGGCCGACACCUGUAUGAGCUGAACAGGACAAAUCCAAUAGGAAUGAAGGGGCAUAUGGCUAAGUGCUAUGGGGAUUUGAUUCAAGAACUGUGGAGUGGAACCCAAAAGAACAUUGCUCCUCUCAAGUUGAGGUGGACUAUAGCUAAGUACGCCCCGAGAUUUAAUGGCUUCCAACAGCAAGACUCUCAGGAGCUCUUAGCUUUUCUCCUGGAUGGGCUCCAUGAGGACCUGAACCGAGUUCAUGAUAAGCCAUAUGUGGAACUGAAGGACAGCGAUGGCCGGCCGGAUUGGGAGGUAGCGGCAGAAGCCUGGGAGAACCACUUAAGAAGGAACCGCUCAAUUGUGGUCGACCUCUUUCAUGGUCAGCUGAGGUCCCAGGUGAAGUGCAAGACCUGUGGGCACAUCAGUGUUCGUUUUGACCCUUUCAAUUUUUUAUCGCUGCCUCUUCCGAUGGACAGUUACAUGCAUAUAGAAAUAAUAGUAACUAAGCUCGAUGGCACGACUCCUGUCCGAUAUGGACUCAGGCUGAAUAUGGACGAGAAAUACUCUGACCUGAAGAAGCACCUGAGUGAACUGUGUGCCCUGAAGCCCGAUCAGAUCCUGCUUGCAGAAGUACACAGCUCGAACAUAAAGAACUUUCCGCUAGACAACCAAAAAGUCCGGCAUUCGACGACGGCUUCUUUGUGCGCGUUCGAGGUACCAAUUCCUGGCUCCCCCACUUCGGCUUCUUCAAGUCCUUUGCAAACAGUUUUAGAUUUUUACCAUGGACAGUCGACUAACGGGAUGAUCAACUGUCUGAUGAACGGUGACCUCCCGCGGUCAACCUUGAUCCCAAACGGAAUGCCGAACACAGUGGUGCCCUGCAGGGUGGAGAACGGUAUGAUGAUGAACGGCCAUGUGACCUCGCCUUCGGACAGCCCCUUCAUAGGCUACAUCAUUGCAGUCCACAGGAAAAUGAUGCGGGCCGAAAUGUACUUCCUCUCGUCUCAAAAGAACCGGCCGAGCCUGUUUGGGAUGCCUCUGAUUGUUCCCUGCACAGUUCACACAAGGAAGAAAGACUUGUAUGACGCUGUCUGGAUUCAAGUGUCUCGGCUUGCAAGCCCCCUCCCUCCCCAGGAAGCCAGUAACCAUGCUCAGGACUGCGAUGACAGCUUGGGAUAUCAGUACCCCUUCACCCUUCGGGUGGUUCAGAAAGAUGGCAACUCCUGUGCCUGGUGCCCCUGGUACAGGUUUUGCUACGGGUGUAAAAUCGAUUGCACCGAAGAGCGAGCGCUGAUGGGGAAUGCAAACCUUGCUGUCGACUGGGACCCCACCGCGCUUCAUCUCCGCUACCAGACCUCACAAGAACGGAUAGCAGAGGAGCACAGAAGCGUGGAGCAGAGCCAGCGGGCUCAGGCCGAGCCCAUCAACCUGGACAGCUGCUUGCGGGCCUUCACCAGUGAGGAAGAGCUGGGCGAAGAUGAAAUGUACUAUUGUUCAAAGUGCAGGACCCACUGCCUGGCCACCAAGAAGCUGGACCUGUGGAGGCUUCCCCCAAUCCUGAUCAUUCACUUAAAGCGCUUCCAGUUUGUCAACGGCCGCUGGAUAAAGUCCCAAAAAAUUGUCAAGUUUCCUCGGGAGAGCUUUGACCCAAGUGCCUUCCUCAUGCCGCGAGAUCCGAGCUGUUGGCCGCCAAAGCUGCUGACGCCGCAGGCUGACGAUCCCACGGAGCUGUUGAUAGUGCCAGAGGAAUCUCAGAGAGCGGAGCAGCGGGGCGGCACUGUGGCCGGGGAGGGAGACGUCCUCCUCACCCGGAGCCCAUCCUCCCUCAACGCUUCGGGCAUCUUAAAUAACGUCAGAGCGUCACCGUCCUCCACGAGGAAGUGCACGUCCAGCUCUUCGACAGGUAAAAACCUGAGUCCCACCAGUAGCCCCAGGACUACGGGCAGAAGUAAGGGGCGCCUUCGGCUCCCCCAGCUAUGUAAAAACAAACUGUCGAGCAGUAAAGAAAACCUGGACGCAAGUCGUGAGAACGGUACCCAGCCAGAUCCAAAGGCCACGCUUGACUCCCCGGGGAGAGAGCAGCAGCAGAAUUUGGGGGACGGUUCAGGCGAACCGGUGGCUGCUCAGGACAAUGAGGGGCAGCUAACCAACGGAUACCUUUGCAAGCUGAGCUCCCCCAGCAACCACAGUCUCAACGGUCCACUGGAAGCCCGCCGGGAAGAGGAACUGGCCGAUGACCAAAGAGGAGAAAUCUGUAUUAAUCCCAUUUACAACUUAUAUGCAAUUUCGUGCCAUUCAGGAAUUAUGGGAGGAGGUCACUACGUCACCUAUGCCAAAAACCCAAACGACAAAUGGUAUUGUUACAACGACAGCAGCUGUAAGGAAUUGCAUACCGACGAAAUCGACACAGAUUCUGCCUACAUCCUUUUCUACGAACAGCAAGGAGUGGACUAUGCACAAUUUUUGCCAAAGAUUGAGGGCAAGAAUAUGGCGGAUACCAGUAGCAUGGAUGAAGAUUUUGAGUCCGAUUACAAAAAGUACUGUGUCUUGCAAUGAACAAAAACGGGUUUGUAAAGGUUGGUCCGAGGGUAAUUGCACCACGAGGCUGGCAAGAAAAAAAAGGAAAUACGGUUUUAACCGAGCAGAAGAGCUAGCUGUAGUUUUUAUUUUAUUUUAUUUUAUUUUUUAUUUCCCCCCCUGUGACUUGAAAGCACAACUAAAGAAAAACAAACAAACAAAACAAAAAAAAAACAGGGGGAGAAA